GGACGACGCAUCGGAGGACAUGGCAGCUGUGUUGCUAUUGUCCGUUCGGCGGCGGCGGCGACGGCGUCGUCUUGCGUACUCUCAGAUGGUCAGGCUACAGUGUGUGCUAUGGACUUGAGAGCGCUGGAGGAAUGGGGAAAGGGGAAAGGGGAGAAAGGGGGGAAGAGGACCUUGUGAAAGACGAACAAACUACUGUCUCACAGAGCAGCAACUACACUCGCACGCGGCGGGCACAGAAGAUUGAUUGGCAGCAAUGAUCAUGUCGGCGAAUCAUCAUCAUCAUCAUGAAGUUCCCCGAAACGACAAGUACAGAGCACUAUGGACGCGAAACCAGGGAGUUGCUCGAAUGCUGUUGGCGCAAUUGAUCUCAUCCUUUAUGGCUGUAGCUGCGAAACUUCUCCAAACGCCCCAAGUUAUCGUUCAGCCGCUGGAAUCACGACAAAUUAUUCUCAUGAUGAUGAGUAUUGCGUUGGUUUGGGAUUGGAUCUGGAUGUUCUGCACACGAGUCCCCGAGGCACCAAUGGGUCCGAAGAAAGCCUGGUCGUUGUUGACGAUUCGAGGUAUUGCUGGAGUAUUGGGCAAAAGCAUGUUGUUGACGAAUAUAUAUAUUUCCCUGUCUCCCACAGUUUGGGGAUUUUAUUAUUCACUUUCCGUCCUCCCAAUCUCUGAAGCGACCGUCAUCAAUUUCCUCGCUCCCUUGAUUGCAGCUUUGGCUUCAGGCUGCUUGGGCAGAAUACGACCAUCAUUAUCACACUUGGUAGCCGUCACAGUAUCUGUCAGUGGAAUGAUUCUCGUUUCACAGCCCUGGAAUGCAUCAAACGAGGUCCUCCCACCAAAACCCCUCAG